AUGGACGGGAAACGCAACAUUGUCAUUAUAGGCGGAGGCAUCAUCGGCAACACCACUGCCUACUUCCUCACACGCCAUCCCAAGUUCAACCCCGCACUACACAGCAUCACCAUCCUCGAGGCGGGUUCCGCCAUAGCCACCGGCGCAUCCGGCAAGGCCGGCGGCCUGCUCGCGCUCUGGGCCUACCCGUCCUGCCUCGUGCCGCUGUCGUACAAGCUCCACGCCGAGCUGGCCGCCGAGCACAACGGCCCGGAGCGGUGGGGCUACCGCAAGGUCCAGUGCGGCUCCAUCGCGGCCUCGGUUUCCGAAAGCAGAAUUGCUGAGUUGCAGACGACGACGAGGGCUGCCGGCGCGGGCGCCACCACCGAGGAGGACGGCAAGGCCUGGGAGAAGCUGCCGAAGCAGGACAUCGCCGCGCAGGAGCUGCUUGAGGGUGGCGCGCCGCUGCCGGACGAGCUGGACUGGGUCGACCGCGACGUCGUCCUCGACUGGUCGGAGAUGUCGCGCGGUGGCGCGGCCGACACCGCGCAGGUGCACCCGUACCAAUUCACACUGGGCAUGGCGGAGCUCGCCGCCGCCGCGGGCGUCACGACGAGAAACAAGAUGCAAGUCACCGCGAUAAAGACGGCGGCGGAUGGCAAGGUCAGCGGGGUCGAGUAUAAAGACCGCGCGACAGGUACGACGGCGACGCUGGACGACAUCACGGACCUCAUCGUGGCCGCCGGCCCGUGGACAGGCCGGCUGCUGCCGCGCAGCAAGGUCGAGGGCCUGCGCGCGCACAGCGUCGUCUACGAGGCCGAUCUCAGCGCCUUUGCCGUCUUCAGCGACGUCGCGCUGCCGCGCAGCUUCGUGCCCGCGCACCGUCAGAAGCGGACGCACAAGGGCCGCGUCGACCCCGAGAUUUACGCGCGCCCAUUCAAAGAAGCAUACGCCUGCGGUGAACCUGACACGUUGAUCCCGCUGCCCGAGGUGGUCGAUGAGGUCCGCCACGACGACGCCCUCUGUGACGACCUCGCGGCGUACGUCGCAACUUUCAGCCGCGUCCUGGCCGCGGCGCCCAUCAAGGCCCGGCAGGCCUGCUACCUCCCGCGGCACAUGCGCUUCGGCCAGGAAUCCGGCCCUCUGAUUGGCGCGACGACGGUGCCAGGGCUCUACGUCGCCUCCGGCCACACCUGCUGGGGCAUCCAGAAUGCGCCAGCCACCGGAAAGCUCAUGGCUGAGAUUGUGCUGGACGGAAAGGCGUCGAGUGCGGAUAUUGAUAACCUGGACCCGAGAAAGUUCAAGGUAUAA